AUGGCUUCUAGUGCCAUCAGUGCCGCCACUGGCUUGCUAAACCCAGUUGCAUCGGAAGAACCUGAGAAGCAGAAUAAUGGGGCUUUGGUUUUCGACUCUGAUUUGCUCCAAAAGCAACCUAAAAUGCCCGAUGAGUUCGUUUGGCCGUCUGGUGACUUGGCUAGAACCCAACAUGAAGAGCUCAACGAGCCACUCGUGGACCUGAGUGGGUUCAUGAGAGGCGACGAGGCAGCCAUAGUGAGUGCGGCUGAGCUUGUGAGGGUGGCCUGUGUGAAGCAUGGCUUCUUCCAAGUCACGAACCAUGGGGUCGACCCGGAGCUCAUUCGAGCGGCUUAUGAUGAACUCGACUCCAUUUUCAAGCUUCCUCUUCACCAGAAGCUGGGUGCUAGAAGGAAACCUGGAAGCGCAUGUGGCUACUCAGGUGCUCAUGCAGAUCGCUAUACUUCCAAGUUGCCAUGGAAAGAGAUAUUUUCUUUUCAGUAUCAUCACAAAAACGACGGUCACAACUCCGAAAUUGUGGACUACUUUAAGUCUGUCUUAGGUCAAGAACUCGAAAACACAGGGCGGGUUUAUCAAAAGUACUGUGAAGCAAUGAAGGAAGUAUCUUUCAUAAUCAUGGAGCUGUUGGCCAUUAGUCUGGGAAUGGAUCGUUUAUACUAUAGAAAUUUUUUUGAAGAUGGCUCGUCAUUGAUGAGGUGCAAUUAUUAUCCACCUUGUAAUAGCUCAAGCCUCACCCUUGGGACUGGCCCUCACACUGACCCAGUCUCAUUGACUAUUCUUCACCAAGACCAAGUUGGAGGUUUGGAGGUUCUUUCAGAAGGCAAAUGGCUCGCUGUUCGUCCCCGACCCGACGCUUUCGUCGUGAACAUAGGCGACACUUUCAUGGCAUUGUCCAAUGGGAGAUACAAGAGCUGCCUGCACAGAGCAUUGGUACACACAGAAAAAGAGAGGAGAUCAUUGGUAUACUUUGUGAGCCCAAGAGACGACAAAACAGUGAGGCCCCCAGAAAAUCUGAUGGAAGAAGAAGUAGAAGGAAGGAAGUAUCCAGACUUCAAAUGGUCAGAUUUGUUUGACUUUACACAGAAGCAUUACAGAGCUGAUGUUGCCACACUCGAAAGCUUCAUCCUCUGGCUUCGCUCGUCUCAGAAAUCUCCAAACUAACUUUCUCUCCCUUAAUUUGUAGGGCCCUUCAAAAAGAUCCCACCUUUAAGAGUUCUUUCUAGUCAUAUUGCUUUUUUGAAUUUGGUCAGGUCAUGUCAUUGCAUUGGAGGGUUUGUCUCGUAUUUGGUUUAGUUUAUAUAUGAUGCUCUCAGACUCUCACAAAUGCAGUACAAGUAAUUAUCCUGUAUAUACAAGUAUUUGGCUCAGCUAAUAAAACUAUGGAUUUCCCCUGUU